AUGGCGUUCGGUGAGUUUCUCGAUCGCGUGAGCGAGCGCGCGGGACGCGAACCGUUGAUUGGGGAAGGUGAGCGAUAUUAUUUGAGAAGCGUCGACGGUAAGGCGCGCGCGGACGUGCGUCGAACGCAUCCGGGACUCGCUCGGGCGCUCGAGCUCGAAUGCGUGUGGCCCGAGACGCGCUUUCACAGCUCCGUGUUGCGAAUCAGUUCGUCCGAGACGACGCUCCAGACGCACUUUGACACGCACGAUAACGUUCUGAUUCAACUCGCCGGCGAAAAGGAGGUGACGUUGUUUCCACCAGAGGUGGACUCGUACAUGUACGUCCAAGGCUCGAGUUCGCGCGUGAAUUACCCAAACGACGCGCCCGGAGAAUUUCCACUGUUCGAUAAGUACGCCAAAGACGCGGCGUUGAAAAUCAAGCUUCGCCCGGGCGACGCUCUGUUCAUUCCCGCGUUUUGGUUUCAUCACGUCUACGCCUCGGGCGACGGCGCGUCCGUGGCGGUGAAUGUGUUCUUUCGCACGUUUGAACCGAGCGCGUACAAUCCGAGUGAUAUCUACGGUAAUAAAGACUUGGUUGCGGGCAAAGAGGCGUGUGAUCUCGCCUCGCGCGCGGGGAGCGCGUUGGACGAGUUGCCCGAACCGUUUCGCAGUUUUUACGCCCGGCGCGCCGUCAAGGCUUUGGCGAAUCAACUCGCCGUGCGCAUUAACGAAGAGUGGUGA